AUGGGAUUGUCUCUUUCCUUGCUCCUCUCUGCCUGGCAACAGAUUCUAAGUCACAGGUUUUUUGAUUUGGCUUACAAUGUCAGACUCAGUUCUAAGAGAACGGAUUCAGAGACCAUAACCAACUCAGUUUCUGGCUCGGCUAAGACUCGAAGAAAAAAAUCAUUGACAUUGAAAACCAGCAAACCUGAUGACAACAAUAUAGUGCUUGAGAAGACGUUGUCGUUCAAGGAUUUGGUUCAAGAAAAAAGGGAUUCAUUGGUUUCUAGUGCCUCGAAUGGAUUGUUGCAUAAGCCAAUGCCCUCACUUUCAUUGCCGGAACCCACGAUUUUGUUCUCACCAAGACCCAUCAGUGAGCUUGAUGCUGCGGCUGUUAAGCUUCAGAAGGUUUACAAGAGUUACCGGACUCGAAGAAACCUUGCCGAUUGUGCGGUGGUGGUCGAGGAGUUAUGGUGGAAGGUAUUAGACCUUGCAGAGCUCAAACAAAGCUCUAUUUCCUUCUUCGAUGUCGACAAACCUGAAUCUGCAGUUUCACGGUGGGCAAGAGCCAAAACACGAGCAGCAAAGGUGGGAAAGGGUUUGUCCAAGGACGAAAAAGCUCAGAAAUUAGCCCUUCGACACUGGCUUGAAGCUAUCGAUCCGAGACAUCGAUAUGGGCAUAACUUACACAUGUAUUAUGAUGUUUGGUUCUCAAGUGAAAGCUCACAGCCUUUCUUCUACUGGCUGGAUGUUGGAGAUGGGAAAGAAUUAAACCUUGACAAAUGUCCGAGAAAAAAACUACAGCAGCAAUGCAUCACAUAUCUUGGACCAAAUGAAAGGGAAGGAUACGAGGUAAUAGUUGACAAAGGGAGGCUUGUUUUUAAACAAAGUGGGUCACCGGUGAAUACACCGGGUGAAUGUAAAUGGAUAUUUGUCCUUAGCACAACCCGGGCCUUGUAUGUGGGAAGAAAGGAAAAGGGUAAAUUUCAACAUUCGAGUUUUCUAGCCGGAGGUGCCACCACCGCAGCCGGAAGAUUGGUUGCUCGGGAUGGAGUUCUCGAGGCUAUAUGGCCAUAUAGUGGUCAUUAUCUCCCCACGGAAGAGAAUUUCUUGGAAUUCAUUAGCUUUCUCGAGGAAAAUCAAGUGAAUCUCACCAAUGUUAAGAGGUGUGCUAUUGAUGAUGAUCACCCAUAUGGGCAAGCCCCGGCUAAGGAACCCAAACGGGAGCCAUUGGUCGGUUCUGAUGACCGCAUCAGUGCGGUGGAAACAGGCACGGGUGAUCAUGACCAUGAUGAAAAGAUUAGCACCAAGGCGCCAGCACCAGGGUUCAACUCGCCUAUGAGAUUAUCAUGCAAGUGGACCACGGCGGUUGGACCACGCAUCGGGUGCGUGCGCGACUACCCUACUAAUCUCCAGUCAAAAGCACUCGAACAAGUUAAUCUAUCACCAAGGGUUACUCCUGGGUUCACGUUUGGUCCAAUUCCUUCACCAAGGCCGAGUCCAAGGAUCCAUCUUUCCCCAACGAUUGCAGGCAUGGGACUGCCCAGUCCAAGGCCCAUACAAUAAGCUAACUA